UCAUUCAUGGCGCUUCUGUUUACUCCCGUGGCCUUCUAGAGACUGGCUUACUCUGCUUUAGUUUCUCUUGUCUGUAAAAUGGAGUUGGGGGUAGCUUUCCUUCAUAAGGUAUUGAUGUUUGAGAUAAUGCAUGGCUAGCACUCAGCUUAGUGCUCAGUAUACCAUAGUUGCCCAAUAAAUGCUUAUUGUUAGCAUAAUGGUGCUUGCAUACCUGACCCCUCCACUCCCACUGCCAGCCCAAAGCACAUACCCACUGUCAUGUGGGGGGUGAGUGGUCACCCACUCUGGCCCGCAGCUUGAGUUCCUUUUGAGAUGCUUGGACUGCCCAAGCUCUCGGUGAGACCCUUUCUGGACAGGUCAGGGAAGGCAGGCUAGAGAGGGGAGCAGCACUGCAGCUAAUACCAGGAUGUGGGCAUGAAUUGACAGCCACCAUGAGGCAGCAAAAUCAGGCCACCAAACAGCUGUGUUUAUCAAAGACUAGACCUCAGAACUGCUUUGGCCAAUCUGGGUAUGUGUGUGGUCAGAGACCUGUGGUCAAGGGAGGGGGACUUCAGAGCCAUGGGUUCCUGAACUCAAGUCCUAAGGCUGUCACUUACUCACUGGGUGACUUUGGGCAAGGGGCUUCAUCUCUCUGAGCCUGUUUCCUCAUGUGGAGAAAUGGGAUGACUGUAGCCAUCAGCUCCUGUUGAAGAUUGCAAGAGAUAGUGUGAGGUCCUUAGUGCUUGGCCCAGGGCCUGGCAUACAAUCUUGUUUUCAGGCAACUGAAUAUGUGCAGGGGGCCCACCCCUGAGUCCAGAUGACACUCAUGCCGAUGGCUUCAGUGAUGGCAGUGACUGAACCAAAAUGGGUCUCUGUCUGGGGCCGUUUCCUGUGGGUUAUGCUGCUGAGCAUGGUGCUGGGGUCCCUGCUGGCGCUGCUGCUACCACUGGGAGCCUUAGAAGAGCAGUGUCUAACCGUGCUCAAGGGCUUCUACCUGCUCAGGAGCAAGCUGGACAGGGUGCAGCAUGCCGUCACCAAGUGCAGCAGACCAUCCACAGAGCUCAGUGUCACCUCCAGGGACCAGGCACUGCUGGCGGUCAAGACCAAGGCCUCUCCAGCUGGUAAAUUGGAAGCCAAAGCAGCUCUGAACCAAGCCCUGGAGAUGAAACGCCAAGGCAAGCGGGAAAAGGCCCACAAGCUCUUCCUGCACGCCCUCAAAAUGGACCCGGACUUCGUGGAUGCGCUCAACGAGUUUGGCAUCUUUUCAGAAGAGGAUAAGGACAUCAUCCAGGCGGAUUACUUAUACACCAGAGCGUUGACCAUAUCGCCCUACCAUGAGAAAGCGCUGGUCAACCGGGACCGGACGCUGCCGCUGGUCGAGGAGAUCGACCAGAGGUAUUUUAGCAUCAUCGACAGCAAAGUGAAGAAGGUCAUGUCCAUCCCCAAGGGCAACUCCGCGCUGCGCCGGGUCAUGGAGGAAACUUACUACCAUCACAUCUACCAUACGGUCGCGAUCGAGGGCAACACCCUCACCCUCUCAGAAAUCAGGCACAUCCUGGAGACCCGCUACGCUGUGCCGGGGAAAAGCCUGGAGGAGCAGAACGAGGUCAUUGGCAUGCACGCAGCCAUGACGUACAUCAACACAACACUAGUCUCCCGCAUCGGGUCUGUCACCAUCAGCGACGUGCUGGAGAUCCAUAGGCGGGUGCUGGGUUACGUGGAUCCAGUGGAAGCUGGCAGGUUUCGGACGACACAGGUCCUCGUGGGACACCACAUCCCUCCCCAUCCUCAAGAUGUGGAAAAGCAGAUGCAGGAGUUCAUCCAAUGGCUCAACUCUGAGGAUGCCAUGAAUCUGCACCCAGUGGAGUUUGCAGCCCUGGCCCAUUAUAAACUGGUUUACAUCCACCCUUUCAUCGACGGCAAUGGAAGGACCUCGCGCCUGCUGAUGAACCUCAUACUGAUGCAGGCAGGCUACCCACCCAUCACCAUCCGCAAGGAGCAGAGGUCUGAGUACUACCACGUACUGGAGGUCGCCAAUGAAGGCGACGUGAGGCCAUUCAUCCGCUUCAUUGCCAAGUGUACGGAGACCACUCUGGACACCCUGCUCUUUGCCACAACGGAGUACCCGGUGGCACUGCCUGAAGCCAAACCCAACCACUCCGGGUUUAAGGAGACCCUGCCUGUGAAGCCCUAACCCUGGAAAUCCUCCCUGGGUGACAAGGGAUGUCCCAAGGCAGGGGAAACCUUAGCAUUUCUAGAAACCUAAUUGUCUCCUAAAGCAAAAGGAGACAGAAAAAGAACUUAAACAUUCUUUACCUCCAGAUGUUUCAGUUCAGAAAAAGAAAACCUAAAUUAUUAAGCCUUAUCUCUAAGGUAACUUAUAAUUCAGCCCAAGUUAUUAUUUAUUUUCUUCUGUGGGGCUAGUAAAUGUUGUGUGGUGUCCGCUGUCUGCACUGGUGGCCCGAAGGAGGCUUUGGGGGCAUCAGUGCUGUGUGUGUGAUCAGAACACAAGUUCUGGAACAGAAUUUGCACUCAAGUGGGGAGAGGCCAGAAGUAUGGAAGGCGGUCCAGAAGCCAUAGGAGAAACUCCUCCAAGUGCCCUAUGACUUGACCUGAGAGGUCAGCACUCUUGGGGAGAACCUGGUCCCGGUUUUGAGAAAUGACUGAAAGCUUGCUUCUACAAAGAGAUGGGCGUUGUGACUAAUUCUCACUGGUAGAGCAAACUUUGGAGAUACAAAAUAAAAUUAAUGUUGACAACAUUUCUAGUUAGAUACCUUGCUCAUUUCAAGGAGGUCCUUGAGUCCUUACCUAGUUAGUUCGAAGACUCUAGUACCAGAUGCUGUUAACAUUCCCUCAUCAAGACUGUUUUUCUAAUUAAGAAUAGGGGAGUGGCCAGUUAGGUUUUUUCUGUGUAUAAAAUGUUUCUUGCACUUUGUUUGCAGCAACUCAGACCAGACGUUUUAGUCUACAAGUCCUCUGCACUUGUCACGCAACUGAGUCCUAGAACAGAUCAGGUAUUGUACGAGUAGCCAAGUCCGC